GUUGCCAGGGGGAAGGUGUGCGCUUGGGACCUGUUGGAAAUGACGAGAGAAGAAAUCGGAUUUAAAGACAGAAAGAAAAACAAAGCCUUGGAGAUAGGAAGUAACUGCUAAUCUGCGAGUAAAGGGUGUCCUUGUCCCGGCAUGGAGUCCCUGAUGAGCGCAGUGGCCCCGCGGCCUCCGGCCCUGGUCAAGCGGACCCCGGAGGUGGACUUCCGUUCGGGGGCGGUGCUGGAGCAGCUAUCCGCCCAGGUGCUGGAGCUCGUGCAGUUAGAGCAGGGGGAGUUCGGGGACCAGACCGCGCUGGAGGUGCACACGGCCAAAGACUACAUCUUCAACAUGCUCGGGCUUGUUCAGAAGGUGGACCACCGGUUGCCGGUGGCCAAUGAGUACCUGCUGCUGUCGGGCGGGGCCAGAGAGGGGGUGCUGGACCUGAACCCGGAGGACCUGGGGGACUACGCCCGGGGGGCCGACUACGACCUGGACUUCACCCUCCUGGUGCCGGCGCUGAAGCUGCACGACCGCAACCAGCCGGUGACCCUGGACAUGCGGCAGUCGGGGCCCUGCCACUCCUGGCUGAGCCUGAGGCUGUGCGACCCCGCCACCCUGGCCCGCUGGAGCCUCUGCUGCCAGGAGGAGGAGCCGGGCGGGGCGGCGGCCGAGGACGACCGGGCCCCCGGCCCCGGCUCCAUCCCCUCCCUGCAGUCCCCCGGCUCCCUGGACGGCUGCUACUUCUCGCCCCAGCUGGUGGCGGACUGGUUCUGGGGCGUGGUGGGGAAGGCGGUGGAGGAGCUGAGGAGGAGCCCCCAGCGCGGGACCCCGGUGCCGGAGCGGGUGGAGCGCAACGGGCCCCUCACCACGCUGGUCCUGACGGCGGGGACCAGCCGGGUGCUGUACGACCUGCUGCCCGUGGUGUCCUUCCGCGGCUGGCCCGCCGUGGCCCAGGGCUGGCUCACCGCCAACCACUUCUGGGACGGCAAGAUCACGGAGGAGGAGGCCAUCAGCGGGUUCUACCUGCUGCCCUGCUGCGCCGCGCUGGAGGGCCGGCCCGACCGCGAGUGGAGGCUGGCCUUCUCCCGCAGCGAGGUGCAGCUGAAGAAGUGCAUCCCCCACCCCAUGGCCCAGGCCUUCCAGGCCGCCCGCGCCGUCAUCUCCCGGCUGCUCUCCAGACCCCGCGCCGGCCUCAGCCCCUACCACCUGCGCACGCUCCUGUUCUGGGCCUGCGACCGGCUGCCCCCGGCCUACCUCAGCUCCCCCGAGCCCGAGACCCCCGCCCGCCUCCUGCUGGGGCUGCUGGACGACCUGGCGCACUGCAUCCUGGGAAAGCACUGCCCCAACUACUUCCUGCCGCAGUGCAACAUGCUGGAGCACCUGUCGGACAGCGCCGCCCUGCUGGUGGCCCGCAAGCUGGCGCACCUGCGCUCCGACCCCGCCGAGCACCUGCGGGCGGCCGUGGGCCAGGCCAGGCAGGCGGGGCAGCUGAAGAGGGAGGCGGCCGGCAGCAACGGCCACGCCCCGUCCCCGGGCCACUCCCCCGACGGCGGCCGCGGCCAACCGGACGACCGGCUGGCGCAGCGGCUCCAGCAGCUGGUGACGGAAAACCCCGGGAAGUCCAUCUCCGUGUUCCUCAACCCUGACGACGUCACCCGGCCCCACUUCCGCAUCGACGACAAGUUCUACUGACGCGCCGCCCCGCGGGCCCGGAACGUUCCGCGGGAGCGCCGGCUUGCCGCGGGGGCCGGAUGCGGAGCCUCUUCAACGCCGCGGUGAAACGCCGCGCCGCUACGCGCUAACGAGGGGCCCCGGGGGCCUCUCCGCGCCGCAGCGGAGGAACCGCCGCCCGUCCUUUCCGUUUCCUGUGAUGCUGUCGGACGAUGUUGUAGAGGAGCCGCGCGCCGCGCUCCUUGUCAGGCCGUUACUUCUGAGACCGCGCUAACGAGGCCCUUAACGAGCUCGUCGUUACGAGAGGCCGGGGACGUUUUCGGCUGGCGCUCCGGAGCGGGAAUGGCGAGAUGAAAGACGAGCGGGCGGGGAGGGAGGGAGGGAGGGAGGGGAACCGCCAGCCUUGCGGCUAUCGCGCGCUAGCAGCAGACCUCCGUCUCCGGAGCCGGCCCGUGUGGUUUUCAGGCCUGUGAGGGAGCGCUCAGCUCCUGUUCCCUGGGGGGCUCACCUGGCUCUUAACAGGGUUUUCCCUCCCCACGCCUGACGGGGAAAAACUCUGAAAUGCUUCCCACGGCAGUAGGGCUCUUCGCGCUGUGGCCUGUUUCAAACACUACGAUGAGAGCGAUAAUCCUUCUGAUGUAACUGAAUGUAAGGGGCGAGAGGGGCCGGAAAUCUCUCAGCGAGAAACCUUUUUCUGCCCCUCUCUCUCUCUCUCUGUCUCUCUCUCUCUCUCUCUCUCUCUCUCUCUCUCUCUCUCUUUCUCUCUGUCUCUCAAUUCAAUUCAAAAUUUUAUUGGCAUGACAUAUUUUGCAAAACAUAUUGCCAAAGCGUUAUAAUCAAUCAAAAAUAAUAACAAUUCUCCUACUAAUAAUGAUACUAUUAUGAUAUCAUUAUACUAGUAAUCUCUCCCUUUCUCUUUCUCUCUGACACUCACUCUCUCUUACUCUCUCAUUCCUAACUCGCUCUUUCUGUCUCCCCUUCUCUUCUUUUCUCUCUCACUCUCACUCUCUCUGUCUCCCACUCUUCUUUCUCUCUCCUCUCUUCUCCCACUCUCGUCUUUCUCUCCUGCUCUCUCAGUUCAAACACACCAAAGAUGUGCCACAGUGCUCCCUCUCCCUCUCCCUCUCCCUC